AUGUCUGCUGGAGGAGCUGAAUUCAAAGCCGAGCUGCGUGCCGGCAAGCCCAAGUUUGGUGUCUUCCUUAACUCCGCCAGUCACCUGCUCGCCGGGCAGUUCAGUCACUCAGGCUACGACUGGCUGUUGAUUGACAUGCAGCACUCGCCUGUGGAUGCGCUGACGCUCAGUCAGUUAAUUGCGGUCAUCCGCACCGGCCAUGCGAAGGUGAUGGUGCGCGUAGGGAGCACCGACGACCGUCCCGGCAUCCAGAACGCGCUUGAUUCCGGCGCCGAUGGCGUGCUGAUUCCGUACGUCAAAACUGCGGCGGAGUUAAGCGCGGCUGUGUCUUGCUGCUUUUAUCCGACAGUCGGAACGCGCUCUGUGUACGCGCCGCAGCAGUGCAUGAACGCCAAGGGCCUGCUUGGGUAUGCCGGUGAGGCGAACAAGAACGUGGUGGUUGCGUUCCAGGUGGAGACGGCGGACUGCAUCACGAACAUUGAGGAAAUUAUGGCAGUGAAGGGUAUCGAUAUUGCGUUCUUGGGGCAGAAUGAUCUUUGCAUGUCGAUGGGCCUGUAUGAAAAAUACGUGUUUCCCGACAUGUACACCUCAACGG